AUGACUUCUUUAAGGGGGGCAUUGAGCCUUUCGAAGGAGGAAGUCAGGAACGCCAGACCACCAGGGACUGCAACCCUUGUUGAGCAUCUCGAGUGGACAGCAUCGCAAACAAGCCAUGAUGAGAUCCGCCUCGUGCCCCAACCUUCAGCCGACCCAGCGGAUCCUCUCAACCUACCCAUGUGGCGCAAGAUAGCAAUCCUAGCCGUCAUGUCGAUACAUCCAUUCGUAGUGAACUUUACCAGUUCAUCCAUCUCGAGUGCCCUGCCAAUCUAUGCGUCCACAGGCGUUUUUGGCUUCCCACCAAAGAAGUUCUCGCAAUUGACGUACUUCAUUGCCUGCAAUAUUCUCAUGCUGGGCGCGUCGAACUUGUGGUGGGUGCCGUUGGCAAACACGUUUGGUCGUCGGCCUGUCAUUCUCGGGAGCUUAUUGCUUCUCAUCUUCUCUAGUAUGUGGGCUGGACUUGCUACAAGCUUUAACAGUCUGGUGGCUGCUCGCAUCUUUAUGGGUGUCGGGGGUGCGCCGGCUGAUGCUGUGAGCCCGGAUGUUGUUGGUGAGAUAUUUUUCGUGCAUCAGCGCGGACGCGCUUUGGCCAUAUAUACGGUCAUGUUGACCUUCGGUUCCCUUGUAGGCGCCGUUGCUGGUGGCUACAUCGUCGCGGAGAUGGGUUUAUCUUGGCUUCAUUGGAUGAACGUCCUGCUCUCAGCUAUCAGCUUCGUUCUCUGUCUAGUGUUCCAGGCCGAGACCUUGUACCGCCGCAAAGAAAGCACCGUAACCUUGGACGACCCGGACAAAGAUACUGUUGAGACCAAGGAAAGAGUCAUCGUUGCAGAUGCUGCGGCGCCAUCUUCCUACCCAUCAUACUCAUACCUCAAGUCGUUAAGACUCUUCACGUACCACCCCGGUCUGAUGCGCAACUUCAUCGCUCCCUACAAGACUCUCAGGCUACCGGGCGUAUGGCUCGUCUCAGCUUGGUAUGCAGGACUUGUAGGACUUAUCGUUACCAUGUCGAGUGUUGGUCCACAACUCGUCGCUGCACCGCCGUACCUGUGGGGGAAAAACGUUGGUUUGAUCAACGUUGGUGGUAUCUUUGGCGCUUUGAUUGGAUGCGUCUACACAUACCUUAUCGCAGACUUCGCGACCAAGCGCCUCGCAAAGAAAGAUUCCCACGGUUUCUCCGAACCCGAGUCUCGUCUUGUCACCGCUCUCCCCGCACUUGCCCUCGCCACGAUCGGAUCUUUCAUCUUCGGCUUCGUAGCGCAGAACCCUUCACCCACCGGCUGGGUAGGUCUCCAGUUCGGUUUCGGUCUUGUAGCUCUCGGGCUUAUGCAAGCGCCAUCUGUGGGCUUCAACUACCUUAUCGAGGCCUAUGGUGUGCUUGCCGGAGACUGCUUCGUUGCUGUCACGUUUGUGAGGGCUGUUGUGAGCUUCGCAUGGACGUUCUUUGUUGGCGAGUGGGUCACACACCGAGGAGCUGCUGAGCCGUUUGGCAUCUUCGGAAUGCUGAUGGGUCUUUUUGGCUUGAUGACAAUUCCGAUGUUGAUCUGGGGUAAGCGGUUGAGGAUCUGGACUGCCAAGUGGGUUCCUGAGGGUUCGGCUUUGUAG